AUGCCUGACGAUAGACGACGAAAGAAUGCACUCAGUUGCAAUGGUUGCAGACAACGGAAAGUGAAGUGCGAAAAACCCUCUUCUGGUCCUUGUCAGCGGUGUAGUAGGCUCGGAAAGCAAUGUCAACUAGGGGGAUCAACUUCCCGACCGUACUAUCACACUUCAAAAGAACGAUAUGAGCUCCUGGUCGCCGUGGUUCGUCAUUUCGUUCCCGACGCGUCUUUCGGAACCGAAGAUCUACGACAAUUAUUAGACAGCCUGCCAUCCCGAGGGGAGGUCUCUCCUGCCCCCUCAGCACCGACUGUUACAGAGAGCUCAAAUGAUGGCCCAUGGCUGUCGGAUACUAUCACCCAAAUGAAUACUCCCCCAGCUUCCUCAGGUUCUCCCUAUCCUCCCAGUGAGGAAUGUGCGAUCGAGGACUUGGAAAAUACGUUAAUGGUGGAUGCUAUGAAUAUUCCUCGUAAGGAAAUCCUCUAUAUUCCUCUUAUCUGCCGUAAACUAACUUGUGUCACAGGAUUCAGUGGCUCAUCUAGCUGCAGCAAUCUCAACGCCAAGAUAAUAUCACAUAUGUCCAAAGAUAGCGGCGGUCUGUCGCCCUUUGACGACAGUGAACCUGCCCCAUUGAUGGAUGGACAGGUGAUCUCUUAUCGAAAUGCAGACUAUCUGCCCGACCGCAAGGCGCUUGAUCAAGCCGCCGUGAGGUUUUUCGCAGAGAUUAAUAGCGUCAUAUAUAUACUGGAUCAGGAUAGAUUCCACCAUUGGAUUGAUGACAUAUAUGGUGGGAAAGGGGUGCGUGCAUCCGUGCUGGUCAUAUUAUAUCUGGUCAUGGCCCUCUGUGGCGAGGAAGAUCCCAGUUUCCACAUCGCUCGAUCCUACAUGGAUGAUGUGAUAGAGGAGUCGAGCUUGGAGAGUGUCCGGGCAAUUAUGUUAAUGAGCUUGUACCGCCAAAGAGAAGAUGAGCGCAGUGUCGCCUGGGCCAUGCUGGGCGUGGCAAUCCGAAUCUCACUGUCGCUUGGACUUCACCAAAAUAUAGGCUAUGUGCAGGACACUUCAAUAUAUGGAUCCGAAGUUAAGCGACGCCUUUGGUGGUCACUCUGCGAGUUUGACAACUGGAGCUCUUGCAUGCUGGGACAAACUUCCGGCCUUGGUCGCACGAAUAGCAGUGUCUCUCUUCCAUCACAGCAGGAAUUCAAUACUACACCCUACACUCCCCCUGGAUACGCCACAAGCUCAGCAUCUCUCGGUACUCUGAUCGGCCAGAUUUCCCAAAAGCUGUAUAUUCAAAGCGGCAACCUGAGAAGCAAAGAGCAGGUGACUAGUGAGCUGAUCCAGAAAGUUGAAAUAUGGAACAGCGAACUGCCCGAUCACCUUCGUCCAAAUUCGGCAUUCGCCUCCUGCUUUGCACGUGCCACGUUAUAUUUAAACCUCAAAUAUAAUUACGCCCGUAUGCUGAUCGGGAGGCCAUACAUGGCCCAUUCGAUACUUUGCGGCAACACCCACGACGCUGUUUUCAAAUCCCGAGCGGAGACCUGUAAAGCUGCAAAUCGGGAGUCGAUCGAGAUCUUGACGGAAUUUUACCGCCGAGGUCUUUUGUCAAGAUGUCUUUGGCUCGAUACAUACUUCAUCUUGGCAACAGCAAUAGUCCUAUUCCUUCGGGCUGUUGAAACACCGAGUGUGAAGAACGAGUUAAAAGCUUUCCUGCCUGUUUUGAGAAUGUGCGAACGAAGCCAGGUUGCAAAAUACGCUGCUGAAAGUAUCGAAAAGUUUAUCCACAAUUUGGAAAAUGGUAUAACGGAAAGACCUACUAUCAAUGUCGCAGAUCCUUUUUCUCAACAAUCAAGGAUCAGUCAUGCGAGUGGUAGUAAUUGUCAAGGAAUAAACUUCAAUGAGCUGGGCGAUCUCAACGCUCUUGGCUCUGAGUGCUUCGGCUUUGGAGAAGAUUUCGACCUGGACUUAUGUGGAGCUUGGAACACAUUGGAAUCAGGGUUGUAA